AGAGACAAAACCGCUCCCAUUGAAUUGAAUUUCCAGUUUAUUAAGAAUAAGAAUAGUAAAAAGUAGUCGUUCCUUUCAUUUCUUUUUCGUGAAACAUGUUAAAUAUCCUACUCUCUUAUUUUCAAUCGAUGCAAAAUUAAAUUCGAAAGAAAAAAAAAAUGAUUAUCAAAUAUUGUUAUGUUGGAAGUGAUAUUUAGUGGGAAAAAAUUUUCCAAAGAGGUGUUAAUCUCUAUUAGAAGAAAAUGGAAUUACUGCCAAAGGGAUUAUCAACUUAUGGAAUUAGAAAAAUAUCCCUUCUCUUGUAUCUAUUAUUUUUAGUUUUAUUAAUAAACGCUGAUAAAUUGUGUCCUGAAAAUUGUUUGUGCCACUUGGAUCAAAAACCACGAAUAAUUACUUGUUCUGCUCAUCAGUUGACAGAAUUCCCUGUAAAUUUGAGUCAUCUGGUAGAAGAAUUGGACGUUUCGCGAAAUAAUUUAACAGAAAUUUCAGACGAUAUAAAUCGUUUGAAAGAAUUAGAGGAAUUAAAUUUAGAAGAAAAUAAACUGACUUCAUUGCCUGAUAAUUUAGAAGGACUGCAGAAACUACACAGAUUACGUUUAAAUGGAAAUAAUAUUUUAGUACCCAGUGCAAUUGCCUCAUUAGGUCAACUGGGCUCAUUAAAAGUUUUGCAUUUAUCCAAUAAUCCAAUAUCAAAUCUCACUGGACUGGAGGUACCAAAUCUUCAAGUUCUCGAUGCUAGUCAUUGUGAAUUCAAAGAAUUCGGCAGCAAUUAUCUGAAUGGAGUUAAAAAUUUAAAAAUGUUAAGUUUGGCAGAAAAUCCAAUAACAAUUAUUGACCAUCCAGUGAGUGAAAGUCUCGUCUGGUUAAAUCUUUCCUAUUGUAAUUUGAAUUUCCUGCGUUCUGACACUUUCAGAAAUAUUCCAAAUCUUGUCGAAUUAAUUUUGAGGGACAAUAAACAAUUGACGUUCAGUACCAGACGAGAGGCACUACGUCACAAAAAACUAAAACGAUUAGAUGUCACAAAUUGCAAUUUGGAUCGACCAGGAAUUCACGAAUUACCAUCCCUCACUCACGUUCAACUCUCGCACAAUGGAAUUCACAUUCUUCCCGAUCGUAUUUUCGCCAAAAAUCGUCCACUCACUCAUCUUUAUCUCGACAAUAAUCGAAUUUCCCAUCUAAAUAAAAGUUCAUUCAGUGGUUUAUUAAAUUUACGUAUUCUCGAUUUAUCCAACAAUCAAUUGGAAUUUAUUCACUGGUCAAUAUUUCGGGACAGUAUGAUUUUGAGUGUUCUUAAUUUAUCAUCGAAUAAUAUUAAAAUUAUUGGCAAUCUAACAACAUCAGCGGUAACUGUGGAUUUAUCGUCGAAUUUAAUUAGUGAAAUUUUUAGCGAUUCAUUGAUAAAUAUGCCAAAACUGAGAACACUUAAUUUAAGUGACAAUAUUAUUGAGACAAUUGUUCGUCUUGAAUCAAUGACAUUGAGAAUUUUGGAAUUGAAACGCAAUCGAUUGGUGCAACUCACGGCUCUUAUGUUUAAAGGUUUACCCGAAAUUGUCAAAAUUGAUGUUUCUGGUAAUCGUUUAACGGAAGGUCCGAAUCCGUUAAUUUUCGCUAACAAUCCAGAACUAAAGGUGAUUCAUCUGGAGGACAAUCCUUGGAGGUGUGAUUGCUAUCAAUUGCAUCCGAUUUACACGUUCCUGAUGCAAUCGCCAGUAAAGACUGAUAUGGGUUUUUUAAUUUGUCAAAGUCCAAUGAAUGUUUCGGGCUACACAUGGGAAAGUGGCUGCUAUGAUCAAUGGUUCGCUUCUCAGCCGUAUAAUCCGAAAAAUAAGACCUGGGGUCUAGUGGUAAUUAGUAUUUUGACACUAAUUGUUGCCGGUGGAACAAUUAUGUCCGUAAAGCAUGCGAUGAAAACGAAAAGAAUUGCACGAAAUGAACGUCAAAUAUUGGAGAGAGCUGAAGCUAGGGAAAGAUUGAGACUACUUCAAAGAAGGAAUCAGCGUCUCGAGGAAGAAUUAAGAGGCCAAUCAUCAGAACCAAGAAUCCAUCCAAUGGAACUUAUCGGCCCACCAAGUUAUGAGGAAGCAGUGCAAAUGCCCCGACUUGCACAAUCGCUGGACAGACUCGAUACAGUAUCAACGGAAAAUGCAGCAGUCACGAGAAUUUUGGGAUCAGUCGAUAAUUUACGAAUGAAAAAACGACGACCCAAACGUCCAAGAAAAAGAACAUUGAGUGAUGACAAUUUAGUUCGAAGAGAGGAACGUCGUGCGGAGAGAAUUCGAAGAAACAUAUCGAGAACAACAAUUGUCAGUAUUUCAUCAAAUCAAGAACAAUCGUCCGAAUUGAUGGCGAAUAAUGCAGAAAAUUCCGGACAAAUUCCAAUAAGAAGCGAUACAGAUCAGAGGGAGACUGAUUCGCCAAAAAUUAAAACAAGACCACCAACGCCAAUGAGUAAAAAGAAGAGGAGAAUUGUUCUUUCCAAAGCUGGAACAUCAACGGACGAUGAGGAUUCGGAUAUUCAAAAUUCACGUCGUCAAAGGACGAGUAUAAUUAGAAGUGCAAUUAAUUUACCGAAUUUAACUCGCGAACCUCGAAGUGGUUACAAUCGACCAUCUUCAACGACUGACAAUGCGAGUCCUUGAGAAUUAUUUUCAACAUUUGUUUCAAAAUGGAAAAAUUACUAAAAAAAAAUAAAAAUAGUUUGUAAGAGAAUUUAUAUCUUUUUUUGUUACGUUAAUAAAUGGCGAUUUAUUACUGAAAA